AGCUGACUCCCCCCUCCCCCUCCCCCUCCGAGCACCGGCCAUUUCCGUGCCGGCCCUGAAGGGGAAGCAGGCAGUGGGAUUCUCUGUCCUUCCUCAUAUUGGACAAGUGAAAGCAACACUUGAAUGAAAAUAUGCCUCCAAAAUUCAAACGCCACCUCAACGAUGAUGACGUUACAGGGUCAGUGAAAAGUGAGAGGAGAAAUCUCCUAGAGGAAGAUUCAGAUGAAGAGGAGGACUUUUUUUUGAGAGGGCCAUCAGGUCCAAGGUUUGGACCCAAGAAUGACAAAAUCAGGCAUGUCCAAAAUCAGGUUGAUGAAGUUAUUGAUGUCAUGCAAGAAAACAUCACCAAGGUGAUAGAAAGGGGAGAGCGUCUGGAUGACUUGCAGGAUAAGUCAGAGAGCUUAUCAGACAAUGCAACAGCUUUCAGCAACCGAUCAAAACAGCUCAGACGACAAAUGUGGUGGCGAGGAUGCAAGAUGAAAGCAAUUGUAGCUCUGGUUGUUGUUGUUGUCCUGCUAGUGAUUAUUGUUCCUAUUAUCCUCAAAUACCAUACUUGACUUGCUGAUGGAGAUCAUUGUGGACCUGGCUUCAGGACAGCAGCAAAUCAAUUUCAGUGGAAUACAAUGUGUAUAUAUAGCUCUGAAGUAUAUGGGGUUUUUUACUCCUUGGGAGGCAAGUGCUCAGUUCUAAUGAGAUCAUUCAGAGGACCUGGCAAACCACUUUCCGCCAAGAAUCCAUUCCAGUGUCAACGUCAAGUCCAAAACCUCAUUGUUGCUGUCUUGAACAAAUACCACUUUGGAGCCGAUACUUGCCAGUAUUUCUUUCCUUUUUAAAAAAGUAUAUAUAUAUUGCUAAUUGGUAAUGAUGUUAUUUAUAAUUUAAACAAUUUCCUACUACUGUUGACAAGUCAGCGGAGGAAAAAUAGGGAAGGGAAGAAGUGUAUAGUCUAUAUCAUUGUUUUAAAAACUCUUCUAUUCAAUGGAAUAAUUGCAAGAAUGUCACUUUCUCAUGUUUUAAAAACCUGGUUUUGCAAGCAGAUUUUCUGUACUUCUUAAGGGAUCCAGAAGCUUCAUGUUCUCGGUAUUAUUGUUUAUGAAUGUGGCAUAAAAGCAUUCCAGUAAAAACCUAUUUUUGACUGCAA